AUGUCGCGAGCAGUUCUCAUCACUGGAGCCACAGGCAAGCAAGGCGGCGCUGUCGUGAACGCGUUACUAAAAGCCGAUGCUGAUCUUGAGAUCCUCGCCCUUACUCGAAAUGCUCAAUCAGCAUCUGCUCAACGGCUGGCGCAGAAGUCGUCCAAGAUCAAAUUGGUGACGGGUGAUAUGGACGCAGCCGAAAACAUCUUCAGCAAAGCUAAGGAGAUAACCAAUACACCGAUAUGGGGAGUCUUUAGUGUACAGGCAGCUAUGGGCGGCGGGGCAAACUUUCGAAAGGAAGAAAUUCAAGGCAAGGCUUUAAUCGAUGCUUCGCUCAAGAAUGGUGUCAAGCAUAUGGUGUAUUCGUCAGUCGACCGCGGUGGAGACAAGUCAGAUAAUGACCCAACCAACAUUCCACACUUCAUCAGCAAGUACAACAUCGAGAAAUAUCUUUUGGAGAAGACCAAGGACGGAGAGAUGGAUUGGACAAUCCUCCGACCCGUUGCCUUCUUCGAGAAUCUGACCCCGAACUUCUUCGGUAAAGUUUUCACCACGAGCUGGAAGAUUACCCUUAAGAAGGACCAGAAGCUUCAGUUAGUCGCGACAAGCGACAUCGGCUUCUUUGCCGCCGAAGCGUUUAGAAACCCGGAGGAGUGGAAGGGAAAGAAAUUGAGUCUGGCGGGGGAUGAGCUAACGUACGAUCAGUUUGCCACGAUUUUCAAGCAGAAGACUGGUAACGAUCUGCCCACUACGUAUCAUUUUAUUGCCGCUAUCAUUAUGUGGAUGACGAAGGAACUCGGGUAUAUGUUUAGAUGGUUCCGCGACGUUGGUUAUGGAGCUGAUAUCGCAGCGCUGAGGAAUAUGCACCCUGAUCUUAAGGACUUUGGGACAUGGCUGGAAACGGAGAGCAAAUUCAAGACUCGCCAAUAGGCUGGGACCUUUCCAUGUAAUGUAAUGUAAAAGUGUGGGUGUGUAAUAGUAUAGUUUCUGUUUGCGAAAAGAAAUGGUUAUGGGACUGUUGUAAAUAUCAAUAAUGCUGUGUAUACAAGCCAGGGUUCCUCUCAUAUAU